AUGUGUGACGAUGAAGUGGCCGCUUUAGUCAUUGACAACGGAUCCGGUAUGUGUAAGGCCGGAUUCGCCGGCGACGACGCCCCGCGGGCUGUGUUCCCGUCGAUUGUCGGCCGACCCCGUCAUCAGGGAGUGAUGGUAGGCAUGGGUCAGAAGGACUCGUAUGUGGGCGACGAGGCGCAGAGCAAACGUGGUAUUCUGACCCUGAAGUACCCGAUCGAGCAUGGUAUUGUCACCAAUUGGGACGACAUGGAGAAGAUAUGGCACCACACCUUCUACAACGAGCUCCGAGUGGCCCCCGAAGAGCACCCCGUCCUCCUCACCGAAGCGCCCCUCAACCCGAAGGCCAAUCGCGAGAAAAUGACUCAAAUCAUGUUCGAGACGUUCAACACCCCCGCCAUGUAUGUGGCCAUUCAGGCGGUGCUCUCGCUGUACGCGUCCGGACGCACCACCGGUAUUGUGUUGGACAGCGGCGACGGCGUCUCCCAUACCGUUCCCAUCUAUGAGGGCUACGCUCUGCCGCACGCUAUCCUCCGUCUGGAUUUGGCCGGACGUGAUCUCACAGACUAUCUGAUGAAGAUUCUGACCGAAAGAGGCUAUUCCUUCACCACAACCGCCGAGCGUGAGAUCGUCCGCGACAUUAAGGAGAAGCUGUGUUACGUCGCGCUCGACUUCGAGCAGGAGAUGGCGACCGCCGCCUCCUCGUCGUCGUUGGAGAAGUCGUACGAACUGCCCGACGGACAGGUGAUCACCAUUGGUAACGAGCGAUUCCGAUGCCCUGAGGCCCUCUUCCAGCCCUCGUUCUUGGGUAUGGAGUCGUGCGGUAUCCACGAGACGACAUACAACUCGAUCAUGAAAUGCGAUGUCGACAUCCGUAAGGACUUGUACGCCAACACCGUGUUGUCCGGCGGCACCACAAUGUAUCCGGGAAUCGCCGACCGCAUGCAGAAGGAGAUCACAGCACUGGCGCCGAGCACUAUGAAGAUCAAGAUCAUCGCUCCGCCCGAACGCAAGUACAGCGUAUGGAUCGGCGGCUCGAUUCUGGCCUCUCUGUCCACUUUCCAACAGAUGUGGAUCUCUAAGCAAGAGUACGACGAGUCCGGGCCAUCCAUUGUCCACCGAAAGUGUUUCUAA